UUUAAUUUACGUUUUUAUUAUAAUGACUUAUCUUGUAUAAGAGUUUAUGAAUUUUAUUCUAAAUUGACUUAGUAACUAGUGGAAACAAAUUUGUCUAAGUAAAUUUGCUGAAAAUUUUAAUAUACAUACAUUUAGUUUAUAAUCUAUGUUAAUAUAACUUUAUUUGAGACAUGAACAUCUCACAAUAAAAUCAACUUUAGACAAUAAAAUAACAAAGCUGAUUGCAUCAUGUACAUUGCAGACUGUUACACCUAACUAUUGUGUUUGUUUGUAUUGUAUUGAGUUUACACUCACAUCACCCUUGUUACAUCAAUAAAUUUGACAUUUAUAAUUUCAAAAGUACACAUUUCCCUCAUAUUAUCAAAAAUAUUUUAAUUCCUUCCAAAAUGGACGAGACACAACUUUUACUAAAAGAACGAGAAUAUGAAGAAAUUAAUAAAAAGUUAAACAUGCGCACUCGUGAAUUAAUGGAGCGAAUUGAGGAUUUCAAAAAAACCGACAUCGAUGAUUUGUUUAAACAAGGCAGUUCAUCCGAUUCUCGGGUGAAUCGAGUGAAAGCAUUAGAUUCCAAAUUGAUUGCAGAUUUACCACGCUCGAAGUCUGCAUGCAAUCCAACAGUAGCCAAAUUUACCACCGAAGAACUAAAAAUCUUAAACGUACCUGAGGAUAUUAAUAAUGUAGGUACCAAAGGCUUCAUUCAUUUUCUUAAAUCAAAAGUAAAACAAUUACAGUUCGAACUGGAUAAACUGAAUAAAGACCACCGAGAGAAAUGCGAGGAGGUGCAAAAAUUGCACAAAGACAAAGUUAAAUUGCAGGAAGACAAGGAGAAGUAUCUGCAACAAGGUAAUAUUGCAAGAUGUCAGAUCUUAAAGAUGGAGACGCAAUUAUCGCUCUCCCAGUCGAAGUUACAAACCAAAGAGAGUGAAAAUUUAGUAUUGUCCAAGGAAGUUGAAGGAUUAAACCGAGAAUUAAAGAAUACGAAAACUAACGCCCAAAAUGGCGAAGUGCGAUGUCAACGUGCUUUAGAGGAAUUGUCAAAAGUGAAAUUAUCGUUACGAAACAUGCAACAGAACGAAAAAGAUUUUAAGGCUGCACACAAAAAGAAUUCGAACGCACUUAAUGACAGUAUCAAACGAUUAGAAAAGCAAAAGUUCGAGUUACUUGCUGGUUUUAAGAAGCAACAAGCCCUCAUAGGCAACUUAAAACAACAGAAGAUAAACAUCCAAGCAAUGAAAUUCAAUGAAAAGGCUGAAGGAGAUUUCAUUAAAAUGAUGACUGACGAAGAUACAUGUGUGUAAACGGUAAAAUGUAAUAAUUACCCUCACUUUUACUAUACAUUAAACAUGUUUAAUGAUA